AAGUUCGAGUCUGGCCAGAAGUUAGAAAUGUGGCUGUCUAAGUUUGUGCUUUGUGGAUUCGUGGUUGUUUGGGUUUGUGCCGACCAGGAUGUGCAACUGGAAAUUCCUCAAGGGAUCUUGAAGGGAUUGAAAACCGAAACUAUUCUGCACAACAAGCCGUAUUAUAGUUUUAAGGGUAUUCCCUAUGCGAAACCGAAUGUUGGAGCGCAGAAGUUUCAGUUACCAGAAGCGGCCGAUCCAUGGGAAGGAGUGUACGACGCAACCAGGCAUCGUCCUCCGUGUCCAUUUUAUUGUAUGAUUAAAAAAAGUCUAAUCGGUGAGGAGGAUUGUCUUUUUCUCAACGUUUAUACCCCAGUUUUGGACAAGGAAGCUCGCAAAGCUGUUAUGGUAUGGAUUUAUCCCGGUGGCUGGAACGGUGGCACGGGAGACGAUACUUUGUUUGGACCAGAUUUUCUGGUCGAGAACGAUGUUGUGCUUGUUACCUUUAAUUUUAGACACGGAGCGCUUGGAUUUUUGAAUACGGAAGAUAAAAACGCUCCUGGAAAUGCCGGGAUGAAGGAUCAAGUUAUGGCGUUGAAAUGGGUGAAGGAUAACAUACAUUUCUUCGGUGGUUGUCCGAAUAGAGUUACUAUUUUCGGCGAUAGCUCUGGUGGAGCUUCUGUUCAGUAUCACAUGCUAUCUCCCAUGUCUGAAGGUUUAUUUAGUGGAGUUAUACAACAGAGUGGAUCAGUUCUUAAUCCAUGGGCGAUAACUUAUAAUCCAAGAGAACAGGCCUUCAUGUUGGGAGAUGCCCUUGGUAUACAUACGACAGAUUCCGCGGAACUAGUUAGCAAAUUGAGCGACUUUCACGUUAAAGAUAUCAUCGCAGCCAGCAAUGAAAUAAUGAAAGAUCAGAACAGCCUAUCUGGACACUCGCAAGCUUUCGUCCCAUCUAUCGAAGUUGACCUGGGACAGGACGUGUUCCUUCCAACUGAUCCUUGGUCCCUAUUAAAAUACGGAAGGAUAGCGGACGUGCCUGUAAUAUCCGGAAUUGUCGCCGAUGAAUGUGCAUUUAUGGCGCAACUGAUGAUAGAUGGUAUCGGUGUAUUGAACAUUGAAGCAGAGAAAUUUCUACCCGAAGAUUUGAAUAUCACCGAUAUGAAUGAAAAGGAAAAAGCUGGGAAGAGCGUAAAGCAAUUUUACUUUGGCGACAAGAAAGUGUCAAAGGAGAACUUGAACGAAUACACCAAAAUGAUGAGCGACAUUUACUUUGACGCUGGAGUAUUGUUAUCCUUCGAUAUUAUGAAAAAUCGGAUUUCGGCUCCCAUUUAUGAAUAUUUAUUUUCCUACGAAGCACCAACUGGUUUCAUGAAAAGCCUCUUCGGUGUUAGCGACGGUGUUGCGCAUGGCGAUGAUUUGGGCUACCUGUUCUAUUCCAAUUUUUUUAAGAAUUUACCAGAACCAGGUUCGUCAGCUGAGAAAAUGACAAAUAUUAUGACCAAAUUAUGGACGAAUUUUGCAAAAGAUAGAAAUCCAACGUCGGUAUUAGAUGGAGAUGUCACGGUGAACUGGGAACCAAUGGGCAGCGACGAUAAUUAUCUUAACAUUAAUCAAGAAUUAAAAAUGGAGAAAGAUCUAAUGAGAGAUAGACACGACUAUUGGAAGAAGAUGUAUAAAAAUGCCGUGCUAUGAAUGCUUUAAUGUACGUGUAUGUAUGUACACAGAUAAGUAUUAUUCGCUCGAUAUAUUCGAUAUAACGAAAGCUAUAAUUUAAUUAAGACACCAUGAAAUACAAUAUUUUACUGUAACAAUUAACAUUCAUUAACAUCUCUGUUUCCUUGUUUAUCAUUUCAGGUUUCGUUAAAUUAUUUUCUAUUUGUGUAUUCAUUAGGUGCAUAUAUCGCUUAACGCGAGAAGAAUGACAAAUAGCGGUAAAAGAUAGCUAAAAGAUCAAACAGAAAAUAAACAAAAAUUCAGAUGAAUCUUUCCAUUGAACGAUCUCUGUCUUCGUGCUUCGAAACGUGCCGUUUCAACACAGCUUUAAACUCGCUAUAAUCCAGUCUCACCAACACGUUUAAACGUCCCCAGGCCACGUUAUCAAACUACACUUUCCUACUUUCCAUUCACUGAGCACCAUUCCGCGUUCUUCUCGUCUCGCCUCGUUCUUGGCUAUUGGUUCACCACUCGUAUUCCUGUUCUGUAGUUAUCAGGCUCCCAUGUUCUAGCAGAAACGUGCGUUCGGCCGUCUGCGAACCAAGCGUUUGGCUAAGGCUCUGUGCAGACGAGCGAUAUUUUACGCGUACGACACGGUUGCGGUGCUGUUGGAAGAACAGAGAAAUAAAGUUCAUCUGUUUCACGAAUAAAGCAUACAUACGCAUGUAUUUCCUCGUCCUUCCAAUCCAUUGCCGCUGCCGCGAUUUGUCGCAAAUCGCACGUCUGUAUCGGGCGGAAAUCUUACGUAGCAUAUACAAAAAUUGCAUAGAGAUCGUCACGAAGACACGAGAGUUCUUGAGGGAUAGGUGUUUAAAUAUUCUUGGAGAUGUCAGAAAUUUAAACGUUCAAAAGAGAUGACACUGCUGAAGAUAUUAAAUUCUACGGUAAAAUUAUCUUUGAUGCUAACACAUUUUAUCUGCGAAUGAUGGUUUCGAUUUUAAAAAUUGGACAGAGAAAUUGCGUUUCUUGCGAUACAUCGAAUUUUCUCUGUCGAGUAGAACAUAAGAAAUUUUGUUAUUCGGAAAACUAGUACAGGAAGACAAAUGUCCAUUAGAGAAAGUAACACGCAUUGUAAUUAAUAGACAGACAUUGUUACUCGAUGUGUUUCGGGUAAUACCCAUUUUUGUUUUUAUCCGGUCUAUUUAUAAGGUAGUGGUUAUGAUAGAAUUGUAGGCAAUAGCCUAUAAUUAUAUUAUCUCGAGAACUAUCUCGAGAUAAAAUCGAAUAUGUGUUCGAGUAGCCGGGUACUCGAGAUAUCCAAUUUAAGUGAAUACCACUACUCGCUUUUGUGCUUCGCUUGUAUCAGGAGUACAGAAAAGCGAGGAAUUAGAAUGUUUCAAGUUACACCAUACGCCACAUGGUCGCGUACGCGCGUUCGUAGCGUAGCGUAAGGCGUAAAGUACACGAUUUACUAUCUCAUUCACAAUCAGGCGUCACGAGUCAUUGAUUGACGAAGGACGCGUGAAGCGAGAAUCGGUUACGAUUCUUACGAAGAAUAUCUUCGACAUAUUAUCUUACAAAAAUUAUUUAACUAUUUGUGUGUACAUAUAAUACAUUAUAUAUAUGUAUAUACACGUAAGUAUAAGAGAUAAUAGAUUUUAUUGCACAGUAAUUUUGUAUUAUUUGAUUAGGAACGAGAAAUUAGAAAACUUGGUGUAUCUUGAUAUUUAUGUACAUGGUAAUUUUUUAAGAUAUAGAUAAUUUAAUUGUAUUAGACUUACAGGUUUGUUCAGUUACGUACGAUUAUUAUACGUUUAAUUAUUUUACAUCUGUAAGUUACUUAUUUCGUAGACGUUUAUCAAUAGUUAAGGUAGAAGUGUUAACGUUGUGUGUAAUAUUAAAGCAAUGAUCAAUGAUUA